AUGCGUGCAGUCGUUGCCUUCUGCCUUAUCAUUGUGAUCUAUUGCCUGAUCUCUCCAAAUGAAGCCAACUAUCGGAAACCACCUUUCAAUGGAUCUAUUUUUGGAAAGCGAGGAAAUAUCGAAUAUGAUACAUCUGAAAAAGCUAUGACGGCGUUGUGUGAAAUUGCAUCACAGACCUGCCAAACCUGGUUCCAGAACUUAGAGAAUAAAAAGUAA